GUUAUAACUUCAGCUUGAGUCUGACGUCAAACUUCUUCGGUUCGAAUAAACGUGAGGUGUAGAACUGUAGACACUACAAAUUGUAGGCGGUUCCUAUACGGGAGUUUUAAGUUUUCCACCUGUACAUAAAUUAAUUUUCAUAUGAAAAAAUAAUAAAUUCCAUUAAACCAUAACCAAAGACGUUAGUCAAUAAAAUUCUCAAUCAACUUCUAAAGACAUUUGCCAUAUAAAACCUCGUUUUAAAAAAGUGUUCAAUUCAUCUUUAAUCUCUAAAAUAGAAAAUUUGUCAAGCCAAUCAUAAAACUUUAAAUGUUUUUUUUGUUUGUAAUUCUUGAAAGAAAUGUGUAGGUAGUUCUCGCGAUUUUUGACAAAAGUCAUAAAAACUGAAUAAAGUGAAAAAAGUGAUUAAUGAGAAAAAGAAAAAAAGGAAAGUGACGUAAAUGAUUGAUAAGGAAAUUAAAGUGGAAAUGGAUACGGACGAGGUGCAAUGAGCGUAAAAUGAAUAAAAUUAAAAGUAUAUCGUAUUAGGCGUAGGUUUCGUUGUUAUUAAUUGCUAUGAAGUGGUAAAAAUAAUUUCCGGGGAAGAUGCUGUGCCUAAAGAAACGGAGAACUUAUAGUUUCACGCAAGGAGCGUGUAAUGAACUUCCGAGGCGAUCGAAAAGAAAUACUCUCUAUAACGAGGCCUUGAAUAUUGCCGUUACGACACUGCCUCGAAAGCACAGGAGUAGGGAGGAAAGACCCUCUGCCAUGGUCCUAACUGUCACAGAGGACACUCCGGCAGACAUGUUGGCUGGAAGCAUGGAGCUUCUGGUCCAGCUGCCAAGAGACCAUACUGUCCAGACGCAGAGGGUCACAGUCCAAAGAAGUACACCAAUGAUGGAUCUUCUUGUGCAGAUCACUACGGCUCACAAAUUGGCAGCUUCCAGUUACACCCUGCAAGCUAUUGGUGAACGAGGUUUUGUUUUGCCUCAUCAACCUAACACUCCGAUUGGGGCACUGGAUGCUCUUCAAGUUAAAUUGCUUCCGAAGCAAGGGACCUUUUUACCCCGCAAAACGAGGCAGGCCAACCAACCAUUUGAGACGACGUUUCGAUUACAGGUUCAUCUGCCAAGAAAUCAGUUGUAUGUGUCUAGAGUAAGUCCAAAAAUGAACCUGGGAGAUAUUCUGGAGGAAGUGUGUCGCGAGAAGAACCUGGAUAUCAAGAAGUACGAGCUUCGUCAUCCUGCAAAUCUAGAAGAAACUUUGGACCUCUCACUUUCCCUCCAGGAUUAUCACCUGCAGGAAGUAACUCUUUAUGCGAAACAGGGAAGAACCUUAGGCUCAGCGUUGAGUUCUCAGGACAUAAUGGCCCUUCAAAAACAAGAAGAAAGAAGGAGGCAACAAGCCAAGCAAAGCGUAUUUGGUUUUAUCUUCAAAAAGUCAAAAGAGAGUUCCUUAAGUACUGACAGUUUGGGUGGACGAAGUGUUUCACCGGCCAGAAGUGACGAGACCGGAAGAAGCACAAGUCCAAUGCCACCACCUCCGAGGCCAUUCCGUAAAAGAAGACCAGCCCCGAAACCGCCAGUUUCCACUUCAAAAAAUGAUGAGAGCAACGAAAAUUCAAAAGAAAAAAUGGUUAUUAGUCACAGUCGAAAUAGCAGUGACAGUUCCGGCUAUCACGAAGCAUCAGUUCUCAGCGAUCAUCCAGAUUCUGCUGGUCGAAUGCUUGAGACUCUCCCAAGAAGAGGGAAAACCUUGGAAGCUCCUAGGAAACUUGCUCAAACCUCCCAGGCCAGCAAAAGCUUAGGAAACUUAGCUCUUGCUUCUGGAGGACUAAGUCAUGGAGUUAGCACCACUUCUUUGAGUUCCACUGGUCAGCGGAAGAAGAGAGCAGCGCCUGCUCCUCCCAUAGCGAGACUGCCUUCAGCUUUAUCCACUCAAGGCCUUGAACGAAUUGUAGAUUCAGAAGAAUCUCUAACAUCCGAUAUGGAACUCUCGAAACCCUCUUCCGAUAUCGGAGCCUCUUCCAAAGCCAAUUCCGACAUCGGGGUUCACUGCAAAUCAAGUUCCGACAUCGGUGUUUCCAUCACAACGAAACCGAUGAAACCUCUUUCAAGUUCCGAAACUUCAAUCAAAACCGAAGAGACAGACAUUAGGCCAACUCUGAAAACUUCCGAUGAGUCGGAAAAGAAAAUACAGGCGCCGGAAAUUGUAUUCAAAGAAGAUGCGAAUGUUAUAAAACCAGUUUCGAAAGAACCUUUCGUAGCGAGUGCAAAUGAACCUGUAGUUGCCAGCGCUAAAGUAGUAAAGAGAGUCGAAGAGCAUAGACCCGUACCCAAGCCUCGUAAGAUCGUUGCUUCGACCACCCUUGUUCCAGUGCUUCCUAGGCUACCAAAACGCAAAGCUCCCUCUCCGUUGCCUCAAGAUCAACGCUUGUCUCAGACAGUUUUUAAUUUUGAUAAAAGCUUGAAUCAAGUUUCGCGAAAUUCCCUCACUUGUGAAACGAGGGUACCAACAGAAAAGCAGUUGAAUAUUUCGAUAGAGGUUCGAGAUUCAGAAUUAGUUACGAGUACUGAAAAGCAAAAAACUGGGAAGGCAGAGCCAGAAAAGCCAUCGGGAUCCAAGAAAAUUGAUAUCCCUAAAUUGCAAACGAACACGCAAGUCGAAACUCUGCCUAGCGAAUUAUUAUGCAAAGAUAAUAACGUUCAUGAAUCAGAAAAUAACGAAUUUCGUAAGGUAAUUACGAGCGACUCACUCGGCGAACAAAUUCCAGACGUUAACUCGACUACAUGUGCUAAAGAGUCACAUGUCUCUGAUUCGAGACGAAGGUCUUGUCAAAUUAUAUCUACCAUUCCAAAGUGCGACCAUUUUGACGGUAUCGGGUUAGAAUCCGAAGAUUACAAAGUUGAUAAUCAGUGCUCGAAAAAAGCUCUAAACAAAUCAGUGGAAAAAAAUAUUGUUUCAAACCAGGUACUCGAGGGAGACGAAAGUGAUGGUACAUCUGAAGAAAAUUUGAACAGCUGCAAGUCGGAUCAGGAGAAGGAGAUUCGUAAGCGUGGAAAAAUAUUUAGAAGUCAAUCAGAGUUGAGCCACUUUGAGAUAAACACACCUGAGAGACAUGGAAGACAUCUGACGUCUCGUGCUGAAAAUUUUAUGUGUGCUCUCAACCCACGAUUGUCGACUAAUAUUCCUGAUUUAUCUGCGACCUCGAGCGGAUCCGAUAAGACUGGAGCAGACAAAUUUUCCACUGGCAAGAAAGAGGAGUCGAAAUUUCAAUUUUCUAAAAGCAGCGUGGAUUGUCAAAGGAUUUCGGUGGAUUUGAAAGACGAAGUUUCAAGGAAGUCAGAUUCUGAACCGAGACUCUCGGAGACCGACAUUUUAUUAAGAAAGGUAUCAGAUACACUAUCGAGUGCCCUUCCACCAACUCCUCCACCUACGCCCUUGGAAAGCUGGGAAGCCUCGCAAAAAAACUUGAAAAUCCAAGAAAAGGAAAUCAAACUCGAAACUAAAGUGCCAGAGAAGUUCCAGCAAGUUGAUUGCCUCCUCGAAAUAAAGCAAGUUGUCAACAAAAAUCAAACUUUGGAAAAUUCGACUUCAGAAGCGAAUUUACCUGAUGCAACAGUCAACUCGCAACAGGACACUUCAGACUACGUUUCUGCUUCUGGGGAAGAUUUAUCUCUGCCAGAUUGGGAAUACCAACUUCCAGCACCUCCAAGUGCUUUCCGAGACGUCGAAGCCUCAACUUAUGGUGGUUGCGACACCAUAACUUUGAAAUCUGUCGAUGCUUUUAAAGAAUCAGGCAGCAUGGAUCAAACAGACUUCACAGCAAGGCUAGAAACAACACAUAAACCGGAAACUAAAGUGGCUAAAGCAGAAUCAGAUGUUAGGCCAGAGAAGUCUCAGCAAAAGAAACCAAGCAGACAGAUUUCCCUAGACAUUUACAAAGCUGAUGUAAAUUUAGAAUUAAAGAGGGAAAUCAUUUCUGAAUUGGAAAGCAAGAUUGAGACGAGGUCUCAUCAGUUCAACAGUAAAGAGGAUUUUGAUGCUAGAAGAGCCUCUGAAGAAGCAGCGACACUUAAUAUUGCUCCAGUGGAUAAUACUUUGUCUAAUUUUACAUUCACGACCUACUCGAGACAGAAGAGUGUGAACAUUUUUGAUGAAUUGGAAGAGAGCGUUCCAAUUGUCAAAAGUUCCAAUGACAGAGUCAAGACAUCUGCUACAUUGGCACGAAGUCAAACUUUGUCAGAGGGAGUGAAAGAUAUUCGACCUCAGCUUUCUCGAGGAUGUCCUGCGGAUGCACCAACGAAAGGGUUUAUUUCGAGAGGGCAAAGCAUCGAUAGAGUUGCGCCUUCUGAUCUGGAAUUGAGAAGUUCUGGACAUUUGGCGAAUUUACAGGAGAAUUUAAAUAGGAGGCAGUCACUUAAAAAUGAUGUUGCGAAACCGGUUGCGGUGUACAGAUCCAAGAGUUAUAUCACACUUGCGAGUAAUGACAAAUAUAAGGGAUUGAUUAAGGAAGAGGAAAAUGGAAGAGAUGUUGUUUCCAGGGAGGAAGGUAAUGAGGGGCUUGUCAAGAAAGCGACCAGCGUUACGAAUUUGAUUCAAGAGAUGCCUCGAAGUAACGAAAAGUUCUCGCAGUGGAGAGAUAAUAUUUUGAAGCGACAAGAGGAACCGACCAAAGAAAAGCAGCUGCAGUCUCUGCAGGUACUUAAAAGCAUUUUGCCGCAGUUGAAACAUGCUCAACAGGCGGAAGAAAGUGUUCGCAAAAACACGAUUGAGAGUCAACCCAUGCCGGAAAAGAAAUCAGGAAAUGUACCUGAAGGACACUCAUUGAAUUCCAAAGUCGUUUCAACGAGUGAUGUGCAACGAAGAUCAGAAUCCAAAACUGGAAAAGCAAAUCCAGAAAAGCGUUACACAUACUCUGGACCACCUGCAGUUAGUUUGGGAAGCUGGUCAGAGAGGCCCUGCGUCAACGUUCAGAUAAAAAUGGACACUGACUAUUUCGCAAAAAGCAAUUCAUCCGGUUUGAAAACGGUAGUGAAUCUCAACGGCUCCAGGAACGAGAGCGACUUGAACGGUCAAGAAAUUUCCAAAACUCUGCCAAAGAAAGCAGUGAAUGGUUCAAUCGAAAGGGAUGAAAAGCCAGAAUAUAAAGAAGCCAGCGACUUCACGAAGAAAAUAGUUCCGCACACAACAGCGUCAGGAUUCAAGAAACCAGUCCUGAGUAAAGUAAGUUUCGGUAAUUUCAGCACCGAAGUAAAAUCCAUUAUUACUGACUCUCAGGAAGUCGAACCAAAAUCGAUGAAUUUUGAGGAACUGGCCAAGAGCUUUGGCCAGGAAGUAGUCCGCCUUAGAGCGAAACCGAAACCCUUGAAUCAAAAUCGCCACUCGGAGUACUUCGGGAGGAAACCCGAAAUUGUAAAUAAUGAUGCGAAUGGUGACGGCAAACAAAACGGUUUUCAAGAGUCGAGCACAGUAGUUGCGUCGAAUGGGACGCAAAAUAUUCCAGUCAAAAAAUACACUUCUGUGGUGGGUCUCAAUUCACAGAGCAAUCACUUUCGAUUUGCAAAUGGGCAAGGGCGAACGAACAAUGUUACUUCGAUGAGGAUCAACGGAGUGAUGCCGGUUGUGAAAGGAUUCAAUGUCCAGCCAUCCCAGAUCCAGUCAAAGGUCACAACUGUCACAGUCAAGCAGAACGAAUUGAUGCUUGAUUCGACAAAGAAAGACGCGCGGAUACCAAAACCUCCAACGAUGCCGGUAAUCACUGGAGUGACCUUGAAAAGUGCCAAUGCGAGACCAAAAUCUAUGCCUGUCAAUGCAGAUGCUAGGGAUCAGUUGUUGGAGUCGAUUAGGAAUUUUGGUGGUCGUCAUAAGUUGAGGAGUGCUGCCGAGAGGUACUAAAUUUUCUCGAACGUGUAAAAAUAUUCUUAAAGCGAGAGCUCAGUCAUAAUGAUACAGUAGUGUUAAAUAAUUAAGAUUGAUCGUGUAAAUGUAAUUAGGCUAAUGAAUAUCAGAAGAUGUCUUUUCUCUAUUUAAAACUGUAUUUUUGUAAAGUUUUAUUAAGUUAUCUGUCGCAGACUGGGCGUAAAAAAUUAUUGUUAUUGGCGUCUCGUGUUUUGUUCGUAAUUCCCAAAAGAAUUACGAUACCUGCGCCCGAAAAGUUUGUAAAUAAUAUUAACCAGUCGAAACGUAGUAAUUCGAGUGAAAACAUUUUCUUCGAUCAAAGAAGAAAAUCAUGGGUGCUCCUAUUGUCUGAAUCUAGUUUUAAGUUAUCCGAAAUUCAAAAAGUUGUAUCGUGUUUCAUAAUUUUCUAAUAUGCCGUACAUAGUAUCGAAUUCGGGAGAAAAAACUAAAAUAAAUCUUACACACAAGUGUUGCUCGAAUGAAAUAAUAUUAUGCUUUUCGAACAUUAAAGAUUAUUUCUAUUCUUGUCAACAAAAUUUGUCGAAGAUUUAUUAUUUGCCACAUUAAUUGUUUGUAAAUUAGCUGACAAUUUCGUGAGAUUUCAAACUUCAUCGAAAGAUAAGCUUAACAAUUCUGGAAAAUUGUUCCAAACAAAUUGGUUAUCAUAUGAAAAAAUCAGAAUUUUUCUUCAAUUCUUUCUAUUCCAAAUAACUCAUUUAUCAACAAUCAGAAAGUAAGAAUAACGAAAGACAGUGAAAUAAAAAUGCCUGUUUUUCUUGAUUAAAUAUUUAAUUCUCUUUGGAAAAAUUCUGAUUUUGUGAUAAUCUGAAAGUGUAUAUACAUCGUUGAGAAAACUUCAUUUGAAGCAUCCAUUGCGAUUGAACGUUCUUUAUAAUAAAUAAUUUCUAAAAUAGUCAUAGCCUUCGACAUUGCUCAUUUUUAGUUUGAUAAAAGACCGUUCGAUCGUAGCUUUGGUCAUGUUUGAGCGAGGAGGAAUAAAAAAAAAUACCAAAGCGGUUGUAAUUGCGCAAAUAAUGCUACAGCAUUGACUAACAAGUUCUAAUCAUUGAAUGUAAGCUCUAAGUUUCUAUCAACGGGACCAAAGUUAACAAAACACCCUUCUUAUUUUAUGUAUCAUACAAUGAAUUCCUAUGUUAAACAAAUUCGAAGUAGCAACUUCGAAAAAAGGCUGGUCAGUCGAAUUAUGAAAUGGAAAAAAGCCUAGAGUAAUAUUUUUUAUGGUGAAAGCACUUGAUAAUACAGUUCGAAACUCGUAUUAUAUGUAACUUUUUUCCUUUGUACAAAGAUUUAAUCUUUUAUCACGAUAUGUACAUAAUGAAAUUCACCUUUCCUUAUUUAAUCAGUGACUUUUACUCUCCCGUUACUUCAAUUGAAACGCGCCUUUCAGUAAUAUAUUACUUUCUUCCUUCAAUAAUCAAAUAUUUGUUCUUGUAAAAUUAUUCAGUCAAUAAAAGACCUAAUAGUUAAGUAUUAAGUCAUGGCAUACGGUUCUUCCACACAUGAAACAAGUUGUUUUUUAAAAUGUAUUAUAUGCGUUUAAACUUAUAGGUGCAUUAAAAUUGAUUUUGAGUGAAAA